AUGAUAACAUUGAAAGAGGCCAUAUCUAAUGUUUUCACAAAUAUAAAUAAUGACCAAAAGAGGGAAAUACUCAACGUAUUGAUUCACAUACUUCAAAAAAUUAUUGAAAAUCCCUCCAGGGCAAAGUUUAGAUCCUUAAAAAAGGACAACAAAACGUUUAUUAAUAAGUUGUUACAUUUCAAUGGAUCGGAUACUGUCCUGAGGUGCCUUGGCUUCGAGGAGGAUGAGGAAAAAUGGUUCUUUCCCGUGGCGAAUGACCACACGCUGACAAGGAACCUCAGCGAAAUCCAAGGCUACGUGAGGGACAACGCAUAUGUGUCACACAAGUCGGAAUCUGCGUUUCAGCAGAGGGAGUCAAGCCACGUGAAGGAAUUUCGCAAUACCCUAAACGGUCACACUCUCUCUUCCAAUCGAAACAACAGUGAAGAAAGGAUAAAAAAUAAUCCCCAUGAGCUCAAGUUAGGAAGUCUCUCAAAGAGAAGACUUGAAAAGGAAAGAUUGGAACUGCUAAAUGAAAAUGAAAACACAAUUAAAUUAAUACAAGAAUAUUCCGAUAAAUGGAUCAUACAAAUUAAGGGUGCAGAAAAUACCUUGUACUCAAAUGAAACCUUUAAAAUGCAAUUUAAGUUUACCGAGAAGUAUCCAAUAGAAAGCCCAGAAGUGAUAUUCAUAGGAGAACCGCCAAUCCAUCCACACAUUUACAGCAAUGGGCAUAUUUGCUUGUCAAUUUUAUAUGACCACUGGUCUCCGGUCUUGUCAGUUAAUUCCAUAUGCCUCUCCAUCAUUUCGAUGCUUUCAAGCUGCACGAAAAAGAGGAAGCCAAUCGAUGACAUGCUCUACUGUUCUGCUGGGACCAAAGUUUCUCCAAAAAACAUGAGGUGGAUGUUUCACGACGAUAAGGUGUAG